AUGUCAUCAAAUAAAUUUUUAAACACCAAAAAGGAAGAUUCUUAUUUUGCGAAAUUCACACAGGAUACAAUAAUAUUCGCAGAAAAUUUAUUUAAAAUUAUAUCAAAGCCUUUUUACAAUGGGAAUUGGGGAACUUUAGAGGAAUAUCAAGAUGAUGGGAAUGUGGAAUCGAUAUCAUUCUGUUCAGAAGUUUUACCUUUUUACUGUAAAUCCGAAUUAUUACACCAAGGAGACGUUUUUAACGCUCGAUUUGGUCAUUCUUGUAUUUUUUACAAGAAUAAUAUAUACAUAUAUGGUGGAAAUCAACUAAGUGAAUCAUUAAACACUAAACUUGUUAAGUUUAGCACGGUAACACAAAUUUUCAAUCUAGUGGAGGAGAAGAAGCCACCCCAGAGCAGAUACUAUGCAACGCUUAACUUAAUUUAUUCGAGUGAACUGAAAGAACAAUGUUUAUUUUUAUUUGGAGGGAAAAGAGGGAAGUACAUUACGAAUGACACUUAUAUGUUUAAUUUAAAUAAUAAUACAUGGGAAUGUAUAAAAGUCAAAUUUUCACCACCUCCAUUUUUUGGUCAUGUCUCGUUUAAAUAUAAUAACAUCAUCUUUAUUCAUGGAGGGAAUAUGGGAAACUUAAAUGUGAACAAUGAUAUAUGGUGUUAUUUUGAAGAAGAAAAAAAAUGGGUAAAAAUUAUGAGUAAAGAUGAAUAUUAUAAUAAGAACAUUUGUAAACCUAGUGCUCGUUUUUUCCAUUCCUGUUCUCUUUGCAUAUCGAAUCAAGGGAAUGAUGUGAAAGCUUUUAUUUUUGGGGGUCUAAAUGGGAACAAUAAAUGUGUUGAAGAUAUUUUUUGGUGUUAUUCAUUAAAUACUGGGAAAUGGCAGAAAAUUCAAAAUUCCUUUGGAAAAAUUCCCGUGGAGAGAUUUGGGCACAGUUCCACGGUUCUGAACGACAGGUGGUUCCUCCUAUGUGGAGGCUACAACUUUUGUUGGUAUUCCAAGUCGGAGUUGCUGGAUAUAUGUGCAUAUGACAUAAGCCUGAACACCUGGUCAAGCCUCAAUGUGUACGGCACGCCUCCUGUCACUCUCCACUUUUAUGGUAAAAUAAUUCAGGUUGAUGAUAGCGGUUAUUUUUUCAUCUUUGGGGGAUUGAGAAAUAAUGGAGUUUCCAGCAAGAUAUACAAAUACACACCACUACUCCCGACGCCGUACUUUAGAAUCUUGCAAGAAAAAAUAAACCAAGCGGAAGAUAAAGUGAAUAAUUUAGAAAAGAACCCAAUAAAACAUAUGAACCCCUCUUACGGCAAAGACAUAAAUGAAAUAAAAACCACGCUAAGCGGUAUUUCCUUUACACUGGUUAGGUAUAUACAACUGACUAGCGAUAUAAAUGAAAAAAUAAAAAUUUCGAAUGAGCUAGCCAAAAGCUGCUAUAGUCAAUUAUCAGAAAAAUUCGAACAAUAUAACAAACAAUUUGCUGCAUUGGAAAAUAGAUUUAAUCAAAUGGACCUAUUGUUAUCCGAUUCUGACCAUGACAUGCAUACAAACAUACUAGAAGGUGACUCCAAUGGGAAUGUUUUCCAAAAAAAAAGUAGUUCCAGUUUUACCCUUUUUAGUGAGGAUAACAGCGAACCGAAUUGUGCUCAAAGCAGCGAGUUGUCAUGA